GUCAAGAUUACUCAUUUACAUAACCAGUGCAAUCACGUCACGUUAUUCAGAAUUAUUUUUGUUCCUGGACUUCAGUCUUCAGUUGCUUAUCCUACUGAACUGAACUGAAACCACAGAAGUCUUCAAAAGGAACCCUACACUGCGGAGUUUACAAAGUGACAGUGUUGACCGCAUUUCCGCAGAGCGGAGAGUUGGGACAACUGGUGACAACCAGGCCCAGACACCGAGCUGAAGUUAGUUUGAUGUUGGAUAUUAAACAUAUUCAUUGCGGCGGGCUUCACCGCAGCAGCCUACCUUCUGAAUCACCUUCAUAGUCUUGUUCUGUACAUGGCAGAUACCCUUCUCAAGAUCCUGCAAGAGCUAGCACCCGAGGUACUGGCCCAAUUCAAAUACUACUUAACCAAGCAGAACAAACCGAUUCCUCUUGGGAAUCAGGGUACUACUGUAACUCAUCUGGUGCAGAGUAUGGAGCUGGCCUAUACGGAAGAACUUUCCCUUGAUGUAACUCUAACAAUUUUGGAAAAAAUGGAUUGCACACAAGUUGCACAAAAACUUAAGCAAAUGAUGCAGAAUCGACAUACCACAAGGGUUCCAGGGCCCAGUCCGGAUCAGAAGCAGAACAAUAUGAACUUCUUCAACAAGUACAAGGCAGACCUGGAGGAACGAAUGGACGUCUCUGGCCUACUCAGAGAACUAGAGCGGUGUGGCAUUCUCAAUGCUCAGGAGAGGGAGAUGGUGGCUGUGAAACCCACAUCUGACCAGCGGAACCAUGCUCUGAUCGUCCAUCUCGAUCGGAAGGGAGAAGUGGCUCAAAAUAAGUUUUAUGAGAUUCUGAAGAAAACCGAACCCUACCUUGUGACAGAUCUUGAAAACGCUUAGCUUAGAAUAGCAGGACAAUUGAUACAUUUGUUAUUUGUAAUUUUUUGACAAAUUUAUUUUCAUGCAUCUUUUUUUAUCCAAAUGAAUUUGAUUAGCCGCAACAGAUUUGUAUGAAUACCUUGCAGCAUUUUUAGUUAGGCUAUUUGACUGGGCUGUAUUGGGGCAGGUCAUCAAAUAAAUAAAUGUUGCCAAUA